AGGGGUGGGAUGGGAAGAUUUUCUUAGGGAAGGAUCUCUGGGGCGAAGUGUGGAGGACUGCCAAGAGAAGUUCCGGGCAGGGAUAGAGUUUUACUGGGUGUCAUAAGGACUGGAAAGGUUCUGGGAGAGGAGGUACCGGGGAGAUUCUUGGGACAAGAACUUUAUGCUGGGACUUCAGAAAUGGCAGGGACUCAGAGUGAGCUUGAGUCCAGUCUCAUGGUCCUGCUAAUUUUGGCUGGCUGUACUGUUAGAGAAGGAGGUGGGUGCAGAGAUGUCAGGAUUCUGCUCUUCCUCUACCACCUCCACCUGUGUGGCUAGAGGCAGUUACCUUAAUCUCUUCUAACUUUAGUUUCCUUAGCUUUAAAAUGGAUUUAAGAAUAGCCCUGACAAGCUGAGUGGUGACUGGGGAGGCAGAGGCAGUUGGAUUUCUGAGUUUGAGGCCAGUCUGGUCACAGAGCUAGUUCCAGGACAGCCAAGGCUACACAGAAAAACUGUCUUGAAAAACAAGAAAGGAAGGAAGAAAGACAGAGUGGUCCUGCCAACCUAGAGGACAGUGUCUUGGUAAUGUCCAGGGCUCCGGGAAGAGAUGUCCUUGUGGCUGGAGGCUCCAGGGCCUGAUGUUUGUCCUGAUUCUGCAACGGAGUUGUGGAAGGCAGAAACCCAAGAUGCAAAAGACCAGGGAGGCAAGAGCUGCGUCCUCAGGGAGGAAGCUAGGGUGCCCCAAUCUGCUGAAAGUGCUUUCAGAAUGGGGUUGGAGGCAGCAGAGCCCACAGUCCUGCUCCCUAGGGCAGAAGCUUUUCCAGAGCCUACAGAGCUUCGUCCACAAAAGCGAAAAAAGGGGCCAGCCCCCAAAAUGCUGGGGAAUGAGCUUUGCAGUGUGUGUGGGGACAAGGCGUCUGGCUUCCAUUACAAUGUGCUGAGCUGCGAGGGCUGCAAGGGAUUCUUUCGCCGCAGUGUCAUCAAGGGAGCGCGCUAUGUUUGCCACAGCGGGGGCCACUGCCCCAUGGACACCUACAUGCGACGGAAAUGCCAGGAGUGUCGGCUUCGCAAAUGCCUCCAGGCGGGCAUGCGGGAGGAGUGUGUCUUGUCUGAAGAGCAGAUCCGCUUGAAGAAACUGAAGCGGCAAGAAGAGGAACAGGCUCAAACCACAUCAGUGUCCCCAAGGGUUUCCUCAGCUCCCCAAGUCCUGCCCCAGCUCAGCCCGGAGCAACUGGGCAUGAUCGAGAAGCUGGUUGCUGCCCAGCAACAGUGUAACAGACGCUCCUUUUCUGACCGACUUCGAGUCACGCCUUGGCCCAUCGCACCUGACCCUCAGAGCCGGGAAGCCCGGCAACAGCGCUUUGCCCACUUUACCGAGCUGGCCAUCGUGUCUGUGCAGGAGAUUGUUGACUUUGCCAAACAGCUUCCUGGCUUCCUGCAGCUCAGCAGGGAGGACCAGAUCGCCUUACUGAAGACCUCUGCAAUUGAGGUGAUGCUUCUGGAGACAUCACGGAGGUACAACCCUGGGAGUGAGAGCAUCACCUUCCUCAAGGAUUUCAGUUAUAACCGGGAAGACUUUGCCAAAGCAGGGCUUCAGGUGGAGUUCAUCAAUCCCAUCUUUGAGUUCUCCAGAGCCAUGAAUGAGCUCCAGCUUAACGAUGCCGAGUUUGCUCUGCUCAUCGCCAUCAGCAUCUUCUCGGCAGACCGGCCCAACGUGCAGGACCAGCUGCAAGUGGAGAGGCUGCAGCACACAUAUGUGGAGGCCCUGCAUGCCUAUGUCUCCAUCAAUCACCCCCACGACCGACUGAUGUUCCCACGGAUGCUAAUGAAAUUGGUGAGCCUCCGCACUUUGAGCAGCGUCCAUUCAGAGCAAGUGUUUGCUCUUCGCCUGCAGGACAAAAAACUCCCCCCAUUGCUGUCUGAGAUCUGGGACGUGCACGAAUGACUGUCCUUCCACAUGUCCUCUGUGCUGUGGGCCACACGAAGGAGGCUUACUGGCUGCUUCCUAGAGGUUGAGCAGACUGAGAAGGGCAAACAUUCCUGGGGGCCCGGUGAAGGAGAUCCUUGCAUGGCAUUAAAGGAGAGUCAAAGGGUUGGGUGUUUUGUGGCUGCUGGCCAGUUGGGGACCUACUAACACUGUGCACCAUCUGAGGACCUUAUUGACCCAACCAAAUAAACUAGCCAGGAAGGCCACUUUG